AUGCCUAGAAAAUACAAAAGACGAGUGGGAUCGAGGAGGUAUGCAGAUUAUACAGCCGAAACUUUGCAAAUGUGUUUGGCUGAAAUCAGAAGUGGUGACAUAUCACACAGAAAAGCGGAACAAAAGUAUAAAAUUCCAAGAAGAACAAUUUUAAAUAAACUCAAAGGUAACCAUUGCAAAAAACCAGGAAAGCAGCCUAUAUUCACGUCUCAAGAAGAACACCAAUUUGUCGAAUGCAUCGUAGCGCUGGGAGAAUAUGGGUUCCCUAUCAACUCAAGGGAAUUGAGACACAUCAUCAAAAAUUAUUUAAGUCGCUGCGGAAGGGAAGUGAAAACCUUUCAGGAUAAUUUAUCAGGACAAGAUUGGACAAAUGCCUUUAUAAUUAGACAUCCUGAAAUUUCAAUACGUUUUGCAGAAAAUAUCAAACGUACACGAGCUGCAGUGGAUGAACCGUUAUUAAGAAGCUUUUUCGAAAACCUGGCUGGUGAGUUGAAGGACGUUCCUCCAUCAAACGUUUGGAACUUCGAUGAAACCAACCUCACAGACGACCCAGGCAAAAAAAAAGUCCUGGUUAAGAAAGGAACCAAGUAUCCAAAAUUAUUAGAAAUGCAUCAAAAACAUCUAUCUCCAUCAUGUUCUGUGGUAACGCGCCGCUGGAGAACUGUUGCAUCCAUAUGUAGUUUACAGGGCACAUAA